AUGGAGAAUAUAUUAGUUCUAAAAGACAACAAGACGGUUCCGGAUAUAGUUCACGAAUAUAGUCCUACGCUAAAGUUUGGACACAUACCUUUGGUGAUAGAUAAUGGAUCGUACCAAUGUAGAGUUGGCUGGUCAAUUUAUGACGAGCCUAACCUUAUUUUCAAGAACUUGAUAGCCAGGCCUAGAAAAGACCGAUGUAAAAAAGAUGCAGAGCCGCCAGCCACACCACCAAUUCAGAUUGGUAACGAUAUCAUCAAUAUUGAAGCAGUAAGGUUUCAACUAAAGACACAAUUCGAUAAGAAUGUGGUGACACAUUUUGAAGCACAGGAGCAAGUGUUUGACUACAUCUUCUCACAUCUGGGAAUAGACAGCGAGGGCAGUGUGCCGCACCCUAUUGCAAUGACAGAAGCCUUCGUUACUCCCAACUAUUGCAGGCAGUUCUCGAAUGGUCUCCCGUCCAUAAAUCCGCUAAGUUCUGGCGCGAGAACGCGGCCCGCCUCAACGAGCGCGGCCAGGAGUUGCUGCGGACGCUCGUGCACCUGCUGGAAGAGCUCCGACCCCGUCGUGCUGGCCGUGGCCUGCUACGACGUCGGCGAAUACGUGCGCCACUACCCUAGGGGCAAGCAUAUUAUCGAGCAAUUGGGUGGCAAACAGCGCGUGAUGUACCUGCUCAGCCACGAAGACCCCAACGUGCGAUAUGAGGCUCUACUCGCCGUCCAGAAAUUGAUGGUUCACAACUGGGAGUACCUUGGCAAGCAACUGGAGAAGGAACAGAUCGACAAGCAGGCUGGCACCGUUGUCGGCGCUAAGGCCUAA